UACACGCCUACAUUCAUUUCAGGAAGUUGUGCAGCAUGUCACAGGGAGCAUUACAUAAGGAAAGAAUUUUUUGAGUGCAUGAUCCAGACACAGUCACAGUUUGGGGAAACAUCUACUCAGCAGGAUGCAGCUGCCACCUCGACCAACGUUGUUUGACUUCCAUGGAGUCUCCAUGACCAGAUGCUUCACUGACAACUGGGACAAUGUACAAAACUUCCAAGCGAGACCAGAUGAUAUUCUUAUAGCUACUUAUCCAAAAGGAGGGACCACAUGGGUCUCCUACAUCCUGGACCAGCUGUAUUUUGGCAAGAUGUGUCCUGAGCGUCAGACAUCCGUCCCUCUUCAUGAGAGAGUCCCCUUCCUGGAAAUCUGCAUACCGUCUCUGCCCACAGGUAAAGACUUGGCAGACCAGCUUCCCACCACUCCUCGUCUCAUUAAAACUCAUCUGCCAGUCCAGCUUGUACCCAAAUCCUUCUGGGAGCAGAACUGCAGGAUAGUCUAUGUGGCCCGUAAUGCAAAGGACAGCGCAGUGUCCUACUUCCACUUUGGUCGCAUGAACCAUGUUCAGCCAGAACCAGGAGACUGGAGCACCUUUCUACAGAAUUUCAUUGAGGGAAAGAUGGUGUUUGGACCGUGGUAUGACCAUGUGAAUGGCUGGUGGAAGAAGAAACAGGCAUAUUCCAAUCUUCACUACAUGUUCUAUGAAGAUCUGAUUGAGGACUCCGGACGAGAGAUAGACAAACUCUGUUCCUUCCUUGGUUUGUCUCCUUCACCUGAGGAGAGGGAAAAAGUCAUAACUGGAUCAAAGUUCGACAACAUGAAACAAAACAAAAUGGCCAACUUUUCCAGUGUCCCAAUGAUGGACCAGAAAGUGUCUCCUUUCAUGAGAAAAGGGAAAGUUGGUGACUGGAAAAACCAUUUCACUGUGGCCCAGAAUGAAGAGUUUGAUGAAGACUACAAGCAGAAAAUGAAGGAUCCAACACUGAAGUUUCAUACUGAAGUUUAGAGCAUAAUGACGUCCUCAACUGAUAUGGGAUAAAAUAGGUCAGGUAUUACAUUUUAAGUGUUAAGGAUACUGUUUAAUCGGUGCAGGACAAUUCAGAUUUUACUGACAUUGACUGAUAUUAUAAAAUAAUCAAAGAUCAAAGCUUUAUGAAUGUCAGUCUUUCACUUUUAAUCAUUUAAGUCAUGUUGAGUCUCCUUUUACUGUGUCUGGAUCAUGUCACUAUUUGUGGAAAUUUGAUUUAAGUGUAUUGAUUGUAUUUCUUUUAUAUUUAUGUUGUUCCCUUAAUAAAAUUAAACUUUUUUUCCCCCCUCCAGAAUGAUCA